UGGGAGGCGAAUUCAGCACAGAAAAACAGACAAACAGACAGAGAGACAGACACAGAAUAGAGAAUCGAAGCCAAUUUGACCUCAAUGUUCCUGCCGUACAAAAUACUCACUUUCCCCUCCCUACUCUUAUCUGGUCUUGAGCUUGAAACUGACAAGCUCAUGGGCUGUUUCUGAUCCAUAAAACCCGCAUUGCUACCCAGCAUAGACAGCUACGGUUGUACCAGAAGCCAUGGCAUCCACCAAUGCCAUCCGCCUGGCAGGUUUCGGGCUAAGGAUGCUUCAGCUCUUGUCGUCACUGAUCAUCGUCGGGGUUUUUAGUUAUUUCCUUGCAGUCCUUGCUGAUCACAACGAGCAUGCCCCAGAAUGGCUGAAGGCUGUUGCCGGGAUAGCUGGAGUGGCCGCUAUCUAUGCCAUACUCACAUCGUUUUUCAUUCUUGCGUAUGGAGGACUGUUAGGCUUCUCUCGUAUAUCCAUGCUAUUUGACGGAACUUUCGCCGUCGCGUUUCUAGCUAUCUGUCUUAUGACUCGCCACGGCGCCCUCCCUUGCACAGGACGCGUAACCACGCCCGUUGGAAGUGGUGAUGCGGAAGACCCAGGUGCAGCAUUUGGCGACGAGGAUACGGGAACUGGCAGGGGAGAUAAUCUCACUUCCAUGCGAUACCUAGCUACCGCGUGCAAGUUAGAAAAGGGGACCUUUGCCGUCUCUAUCAUUGGAACGUUGGUCUUCCCUCACAUAACGUGUGCGCCAAACCUGUUCGCUAAUUAUAUCUCCCCCCAGUGCUCUCUUUCUACUCUCGAUUCUCAUCCAGAAGGCCUUCGAAAACCGCCAACGGACUUCUAAAACCUCACCAAAGCCUCUUUCCCAUGCCUCAACCAGGCUUCGUCAACGCUUCUGGCCAAGACAGCAAACUCAAAGCUCCUCUA